GCCCGCAGUCGCGAACCAAUAGCAAGGGGAUAGACAUUGGCCAGCUUCGGCAACCUCUUCUUCUCUCGUUCGUCACUCAUCACAUGACCCGCACUCCUGUACGGUAGGCCAUAUUUGACAGUGGCACUAGUUUAGCGAAGUGAGUGCGUGAAGAUCGCUCUUCAUCCGACGUUCGCGUUUCGACAACCUGUAAGCACUCGUGAUCGAUUUGACCUACGAGUCCUGAACACAUCACAAUGAGCGAACUAACAGAAGAAAAUCCUGUUUACGCGCCCUUCUUCGGUGUGAUGGGCGCCGCCUCAGCCAUUAUAUUUUCUGCUCUAGGAGCAGCAUAUGGCACAGCAAAGUCAGGUACAGGAAUUGCAGCAAUGUCUGUUAUGAGGCCAGAACUUAUCAUGAAAUCUAUCAUUCCUGUUGUUAUGGCUGGUAUCAUUGCCAUUUAUGGUCUUGUAGUAGCAGUUCUCAUUGCUGGUGGUCUAGAAGAGCCUUCUAAAUACUCUCUAUACAAGGGUUUUGUUCAUCUGGGUGCUGGCUUAGCCGUAGGUUUUUCUGGUCUAGCUGCUGGAUUUGCCAUUGGUAUUGUUGGUGAUGCAGGUGUAAGAGGUACUGCUCAACAACCUCGCCUGUUUGUCGGUAUGAUCUUGAUUCUAAUCUUCGCAGAAGUAUUGGGUCUCUACGGUCUCAUCGUUGCCAUCUACUUGUACACCACGAUAAAUCAUGUUCAGUUUUAUAGAGAACGCAAGGUUGCAUUAUUAUAG